AUGUACUUCCAAGUCCUCCAUGAUCGCCAGGCCAUCGUCACCCUGCCUGCCACACCCCCUCCAUGCCUGAAAACAAUCGCAUCGAGUAGACAAGUUAUCGGAAGCACCAGUGCACAACUGUGUUUUUUUUACCCGACAAACCUCAGACCUGUAAUGGCUUCAGUUGUAGAUGAUUCUAUUAAAGCUCGAGAUGUGUGCAUUGUUGGUGUUGCAAGAACACCAAUGGGAAGCUUCCUUGGUUCCCUAUCAUCUUUGCCUGCCACGAAGCUUGGCUCUAUAGCAAUUGCAUCUGCUCUUAAGAGGGCGGGUGUACAUCCAUCUCUGGUGCAAGAAGUCUUUUUCGGCAAUGUUCUUAGUGCGAAUUUAGGCCAAGCCCCUGCUAGGCAAGCUGCACUAGGUGCGGGUAUACCUCAUAGUGUGGUCUGCACCACAAUUAACAAAGUAUGUUCAUCUGGGAUGAAAGCCACAAUGAUUGCUGCCCAAACAAUAAAAUUAGGUGAUAACGAUGUAGUGGUGGUUGGUGGAAUGGAAAGCAUGUCCAAUGCUCCAAAAUAUAUCCCGACAGGAAGGACAGGGUCUCGAUUAGGACAUGAUACUAUUGUUGAUGGCAUGCUGAAAGAUGGGCUUUGGGAUGUGUAUAAUGAUUUUGGAAUGGGUGUUUGUGCUGAAUUAUGUGCUGAUCAACACAACAUAUCUAGAGAAGAACAGGAUGCUUAUGCUAUUCAAAGUUUUGAACGGGGUCUUGCUGCAGAAUCCAGCGGUGCAUUCUCAUGGGAGAUAGUUCCGGUCGAAAUAUCUGGUGGCAGGGGGAAGCAAUCUACCUUCAUUAACAAAGAUGAUAGUUUGGCAAAGUUUGACGCAUCAAAGUUAAGAAAGCUCAGGCCAAGUUUCAAGGAAAAUGGAGGUUCUGUAACUGCAGGGAAUGCUUCUAGUAUAAGUGAUGGGGCUGCUGCUUUAGUUCUCGUUAGUGGAGCUAUGGCUAUUAAGCUUGGAUUGAAUGUUAUUGCCAGGAUCAAAGGCUAUGCAGACGCAGCACAGGCACCUGAACUGUUUACAACUGCUCCAGCCAUCGCCAUACCAAAGGCAAUCGCUAAUGCUGGCUUGAAAGCAUCCGAUAUUGAUUUCUAUGAAAUAAAUGAAGCUUUCUCUGUUGUAGCUCUUGCUAACCAGAGGCUGCUUAAUAUUGACCCCAAAAGGUUAAAUGCACAUGGUGGUGCCGUGUCCCUAGGACAUCCUCUGGGCUGUAGUGGGGCUCGCAUCUUGGUGACACUAUUAGGAGUGCUAAGACACAACAAUGGGAAGUUUGGUGUUGCUGGGAUAUGCAAUGGUGGAGGAGGUGCAUCUUCUCUUGUUCUGGAGCUCAUUAACAAUCGGUGAGAUUCACCAGUUCCCCAAAAUCUAAUGGAAAAAAGGAACGUUUUUUUACAUAUGUUUUAUAUAUUUGUUGACUAAUUGUUUCUAAUGCCCCUAAUGGUCAGAAGGCAUUCUUGUCACCCUCUUAUUAUUUUUUUUUUCUUCUCUUUUUGCUUUUGUUUGUGUACGAACGAGUGAACGUGUUCCAUUACAUGCAGGCCUGUGGGGAGGGUGGCACGUUCAAUGCUAUGAGGUCGUUCGUGUUGUACUGUUAAUAUAAAGUUGUCCGUCCAGUAACGUAUGCUGAUUUUUAAUCCGCUUUUGCUCGUUCACGUUAUCUCAAAUCUCUGGAGAGCCGUUUUCCCUUGUGAUAGAGUUUUUUGGUGCUGGAAUGUACUGUAUGUCCUUUUGUUGUGAUGAGUCUUUUUGUGACGAAAUCUUUUAUCUUUGUUGUGAUAAAGAGUUUUUUGUGAUGAAAUGUACUGUAAACAUAUCUAUAUUUUGCUCCUUUUGUCUUUGUGAGGGAACCCGACACACGCGCCCUCCUUUCA